AUGAAGAUGAGGAAGAAGAAGAAGAAGAAGAAGAAGAAGAAGGACGAUAUUUAUCCCGAUCGCCUUCUCGACGAUGCGGCAGAUCGUUCUUUUUCUGAAAUAAUGGGAAACAACUCGCGAACAGCGUCUUAG